AGGAAUGUUCCCCAAACCUCCUAGCUUCGAAAAUUCAGCUGAAGCCGUUGAAUCUCUUCCGAUGAUCAAUAAAACACCGUACCUAUAAUAGAGUAAGUAAUUCAUCCACAUUAGGUUUGGAGUAGCAAAUUUUAAAUCAAUUAAACACAAACUAGAAGUUUGUGAAGUGAAAUGAGUAAUUUAACCAACAGAGUUUGGGGAAAGACAAAGCCGAAGUCGCCCCUUCUCUCUGUACCAUCGUCAUCUCCACUUUCCCUCCAAAUCAAAAACCCUCGCAACAAUUUACAGAGAUUCCUCAACCCUUCUGCAAAACCCCAUUAAAACCCUCAUCAAAAAAGCUCAAAGCUCAAAGCUCACCAUGUCAAUGUCAACUAUUUCCAGGAUGAAACCCUUCGUAUCUUCUUCCUCCUCUUUCUCAACCCUUUUCCCCGGUAUCCCCAUUACCACUCCUCCGCCCUUCUUUUCUCUGCUUUCUAAACCCACCCAUUGCAGGCCUAUUUUCUCCCAACCCGUCAAUUUUUUCACUUUCAAAACACCCACAAUUUCGCUGCCCAUAAACGGGGUUUUCUCAACCCAGAAUCGGACCGGGCCAAUCGGAGCUUCUUCGUCACCCCCCUCCGGCGAGGUCCACGUAAUAGUCGGGCCCAUGUUCGCCGGGAAAACCACCACUCUUCUUCGCCGGAUUCAGUCCGAGAGCAGUGAUGGCAGAAGUGUAGCUAUAAUUAAGUCGAAUAAGGACACAAGAUACGGAUUGGAUUCGAUUGUCACGCAUGAUGGCAUGAAACUGCCUUGCUGGGCAUUACCAAACUUGUCAUCUUUCAAACAAAAAUUUGGGCAAGGUGCUUAUGACAAGCUAGACGUGAUCGGUAUUGAUGAAGCUCAAUUCUUUGACGAUCUUUACGAUUUCUGUCGGGAAGCUGCUGAUAUUGAUGGCAAAACAAUUAUAGUUUCUGGGCUGGAUGGGGAUUACUUGAGGAGGAGCUUCGGUUCGGUUCUCGACAUAAUUCCACUAGCUGAUUCUGUAACAAAACUAACUGCUCGAUGCGAGAUCUGUGGGAAUCGAGCUUUCUUUACCUUAAGGAAGACAGAAGAAAAAGAGACUGAGCUGAUCGGUGGUGCAGAUGUGUACAUGCCUGUGUGUCGACGACAUUACGUCAGCGGGCAAGUAGCGAUCGAGGCAGCAAGAACUGUGAUUGAAUCACACCAGGACAAGGUUGAGUGUGGGAAUCCAGCAUAGAUGUUUUUAGUAGUAGAGUAGAAAUCACAUACAUACCAACGUGCCCGGUAACGAAUGGCGAAAAGAGAUCGUUGUCGUGACGGUGACAACGGUUAAGUUAACCGGGUAAUCGGGCGAUUUUGGAGAGCGAGGGAAUUACUGUAAGCAUAAUGCUAGGAUUAAGGAUAUUUAACUAGAGAUUUGGAGGCAGAAUGAAGAAGUUAAGUUGGUUGGGUUGGGUGAAUGUAACCAACCAAUAAAAUUGAAAACUCAAUUCAUUAUUGGGAGACAAAGACAUCUUCAAGUGGCAGCUGUCGAUUGUAUGUCAAGAAUUAUCUCACCAACUGCUCUUCAAUUUAAUUGUAAUUUCCAUUGUUAUAUUUAUAUAAUAACUACUUUUCAUAA